GAUCCACGGAGGUUUCCAGGCUCCCACGCUUGCUCCCGAGCACGUCCCCGCCCUCCGCGUCACGUGACGCGGCCGCGGAACCUGAGCUGCCAGGCCUGAACAGAGCUAAAUUCGUUGCCGGUGGGCACUGCGGGUGCAACCACAAAGGCUAAUCCGAAGGCGUUGGGGAGGUUCGAGGAGCCGAUGCUUCCUCUUCCAAGUCAGGUCGGCUCCUGUUAUCUUCUCACCAUUCGCCGUUCCCGUCUCCCUGAGCGCUUGCAUGAGCUCUUUCGUGUGGGAAAGCUCCGGUGACCAUGUAGGGGGAAAGAGUGAGGAAGCUCCGGGUGCUUGGGACGAGGCCAGCGCUGUCGGCACGCCGCCCCGGCGCCCACCACACCCCAGGUGCGGGCCGCUGGGCCCGUGGGCCCCGGUGGGAACUCCGGCCUCCAGUUGUGGCCUGGCCGGGAGCGCCACGAAUUCUCGCGUCUUCUCGCGAGAGUCUAAGUUGAAGGAACAUGGCGACGUCUAAUCUGUUAAAGAAUAAAGGUUCUCUUCAGUUUGAAGACAAAUGGGAUUUCAUGCGCCCGAUUGUUUUGAAGCUUUUACGCCAGGAAUCUGUUACAAAACAGCAGUGGUUUGAUCUCUUUUCGGAUGUGCAUGCUGUCUGUCUCUGGGAUGAUAAAGGCCCAGCAAAAAUUCAUCAGGCUUUAAAAGAAGACAUUCUUGAGUUUAUUAAGCAAGCACAAGCACUUAUGCUUGAUACGUGGAAUGAGUCAAUCUUUUCAAAUAUAAAGAACAGACUACAGGAUAGUGCAAUGAAACUGGUACAUGCUGAAAGAUUAGGAGAAGCUUUUGAUUCUCAGCUGGUCAUUGGAGUAAGAGAAUCUUAUGUUAACCUUUGCUCUAAUCCUGAGGAUAAGCUUCAAAUUUAUAGGGACAAUUUUGAGAAGGCAUACUUGGAUUCAACAGAGAGAUUUUAUAGGACACAAGCACCCUCGUAUUUACAACAAAAUGGUGUACAGAAUUAUAUGAAAUAUGCAGAUGCUAAAUUAAAAGAAGAAGAAAAACGAGCACUACGUUAUUUAGAAACAAGACGAGAAUGUAACUCUGUUGAAGCACUCAUGGAAUGCUGUGUAAAUGCCCUGGUGACAUCAUUUAAGGAGACUAUCUUAGCAGAAUGCCAAGGCAUGAUCAAGCGAAAUGAAACUGAAAAAUUACAUUUAAUGUUUUCAUUGAUGGACAAAGUUCCCAAUGGGAUAGAGCCAAUGUUGAAAGACUUGGAGGAACAUAUCAUUAGUGCUGGCCUGGCAGAUAUGGUAGCAGCUGCUGAAACCAUUACUACUGUAAGUUUUCUUCAGGUGGGAUUAAAAACUCAGCCUGAAUCAAAAUGCCCUGAGCUGCUUGCCAAUUACUGUGACAUGUUGCUAAGAAAAACACCAUUAAGCAAAAAACUAACCUCUGAAGAGAUUGAAGCAAAGCUUAAAGAAGUGCUCUUGGUACUUAAAUAUGUACAAAACAAAGAUGUUUUUAUGAGGUAUCACAAAGCUCAUUUGACACGACGUCUUAUAUUAGACAUCUCUGCUGAUAGUGAAAUUGAAGAAAAUAUGGUAGAGUGGCUAAGAGUAACUUACCCUGUAUUAUUUAUUUUUAAUUGCAUUCAUUGUCAACAUUAUUUACUUUAUAUUUUAUAUUUCCUGUUAUUCUUGCCUGUAGCUGAUUCAGUUAAUAUAAAAAUUCUGAAUGCUGGUGCCUGGUCAAGAAGUUCUGAGAAAGUCUUUGUCUCACUUCCUACUGAACUGGAGGACUUGAUACCUGAAGUAGAAGAAUUCUACAAAAAAAAUCAUAGUGGUAGAAAAUUACAUUGGCAUCAUCUCAUGUCAAAUGGAAUUAUAACAUUUAAGAAUGAAGUAGGUCAAUAUGAUUUGGAGGUAACCACGUUUCAGCUGGCUGUGUUGUUUGCAUGGAACCAAAGACCUAGAGAGAAAAUCAGCUUUGAAAAUCUGAAACUUGCAACUGAACUCCCUGAUGCUGAGCUCCGAAGGACUUUAUGGUCUUUAGUAGCUUUCCCAAAGCUCAAACGGCAAGUUUUAUUGUAUGAACCUCAAGUUAACUCACCCAAAGACUUUACAGAAGGUACCCUCUUUUCGGUGAACCAGGAGUUCAGUUUAAUAAAAAAUGCAAAAGUUCAGAAAAGGGGUAAAAUCAACUUGAUUGGACGCUUGCAGCUCACUACAGAAAGGAUGAGAGAAGAAGAGAAUGAAGGAAUAGUUCAGCUAAGAAUAUUAAGAACCCAGGAAGCUAUCAUACAAAUAAUGAAAAUGAGAAAGAAAAUUAGUAAUGCUCAACUGCAGACUGAACUAGUAGAAAUUUUGAAAAACAUGUUCUUGCCACAAAAGAAAAUGAUAAAAGAGCAAAUAGAGUGGCUAAUAGAGCACAAAUACAUCAGAAGAGAUGAAUCUGAUAUCAACACUUUCAUAUAUAUGGCAUAAUUUUGAACAUCAUCGACAAUAUUAAGAACCCAAAUUUUGGAGUGCUUGGGCAGAAAGUUGUAACAGUUUGUGCUGGAGAAAGGUUUAUUUGGACUUUGAUUACAUAAAUAUUAAAAUCUCUGCCUUACCCUACAAAA